AUUUAUGCCCGACGGAUGUGUGCGAUUGGGUCCAUCGUGGCGUCGUUGUCUUCGUCGGUCGGUCGAACGGUCGCUUAAUCUUCUGCUCCACAACGUUUCGACGUUGAUUGUGGUGCAAUUUUGUGCGGGUUGCAGUUGCGAUUAGCUCCGCUGAUUGCAUCAACAGUGGCGCGAAAGAUUGAUUGCCCGAUUGGGCUCGGUCAAAAGCAGCGGGAAUCAAACUCCGCGGGUGGGUGGUGUAGGCCCCGAUUGCGAAGGGAGUGUUCGGUGUUUUGGUAAAUUAUACUAAACGCAAAAGGUGGGCGACAGGAAUUCGCAAAGAUUGUUCUGUGUGGAUGCUGAUGAGGAUGCUGGAUGAGGAAAAAUGUUAGCUAGUGUGUUUGUGCGCGUUCGCCUGCCGUACGAUGGAGAUGAAAGGGUUAUUAAAUCGAUGACAUCGGUGCUGGUGAUGAUCCUGGCAGUGGCGAUAAUAAUGGAUGCUUGCUAACAUGGCUAUUCUUGGUAUUGGAAGUGGACCAACAACGGGCCUACGUCGGUGCGUGCUCCGUGCGUUUACUGUGCGUACAGUUCAGAACCCGUGCGGGUAGUAAUUGGAUCCUUCCGUUCGGUAGUCUCGUUUGAGUUCGGAUGUGAUACGAUGUGUUCGAGUGACUACGAUAACAGUAGAUCCAGUGUCUAGGCUAGGUUAUUUGGGUCCUGCUGUGUGCCAUCGAUACAAUCGAUGCAGGAUAUGUUUGUGCUUUCCGAAGGGUGAAUUGUUAUCGUUUGGGAAUUUACUAGCGGUGCUUUGGUGUGAAUAGUCAAUUGGUGCUGAGUGUAGAGUGGGACGCAAUGUACACCAGAAGAUUAUGUCCGAAAGCUUUACUUUAUUGUACCGAUAUGGUCUAAGUGACCGGCAACCAAUGGAUAUUAUCUUUCCGCUCGCAAAAUCAGUUCCGGCAGUGCGUUCAAUACACACACACAUAUACCGAACCUCAACCAUUAAAACAGUGUGUUUCGGUGGAGUAAUUUAAUGAAUAAAAGAUUGUGUCAAAGCAAAAUAUAAACAGAAUAUUCCGCCUGAGAAGGGUACCCAACAAUGGAGGCUGCUGACAAGAUGAAAAUUAAUUUAUAUAGUGAUUCGUCAGCAGUGAGAGCCUAACGCAAGAAGCCGCCUUGUAAAAGCGAUAAAAAGUGAUGAAAAUUGAUUGUUCGCUCAUUUCCAUCGGCCAGCAGUUAUUUCCCUUUUCAGCAGCACCGUCAUCGCCGUACCAGUCAACCGCAUCAAAUAGGCUCAACGUGGGGCGCCUGUAUUUGUGGGUGUGUGUGUGCUUGUGAAACCGUGUGAAACUGGUUAAACUGCCUGCCCUUUGCCAACGUUACGUACGUUCAGUCAAUGCUGACCAAGUUUCCAAGGGCGAAUAUUGGAAUCCCAUGGAACGAAAAUUUCUGGCCCGGUGAUCAGCGGUGGUCCACUAUUUGGGUUGAACUGGACCCCCAGACUCGAGACGCACUGAACGGCGCUGGCCGGAAGUGGCUACGGUAUCAACAACAAAUAACAACAGUACGAAGAACAAAAAAAAUAUUUGGAUGGACUGCUGGGCCCAGAACGUCCGCCGUUUUGAACAGAGUGUAAAAGUGAAAAUGGAAAAACAGCACCAUGGUAAAGUGAACCUAGCAGCAGGAUAACACGUUGGACCAAGUUUGUGAGGAGAAAAAAAAACGUACGCCCAUUGUUGCACUGGUGGCUUUCCUGUUUUUGAAUAGAGAGAGAGAGAAAAAAACACAGGAAACCGGAUAGAAUCAUCUGAAAUUAAGCGGUGUUACGUCGUAUAAUAGGAAAGUUUUUCUCCCCAUGCCCACGGUGCACCCUCAGCAAACCGGUGGACCGGUAGCUUCAACGAGGAGACGACUCUCGGCUAGUUUGCGGAUGGUGUAGCUGUAGGACAACAAAGACGCUACCUUUCUCGGUUCCGUUCGUCUGCCGGUGCGCCUUGGCGAGGGAACGAACGAUUCGGCAGAUCGGCAGAGUGAUAAAAACUGCAAAGGUAGUAAAAACACAAGCUGAAAGCUGACUCGAUGAACAAAAAUUCGAGCGCAAAAUUGCAAGUGAUGGUAUUAUUGGAAUAAUUUAAAAUAAUAUAAUCCACUUUAUCCGCGCCUGGAUAUUCGAGGCGCCAGAACAAAGUUUGAGCGGUGCGAAGGGCGAUCAAAUACCGCGCUGGCUGACGAGGCACAUGGGUAGAUGGGAAAAGUUGCUGAAGCGGUAAAAUAGACGUAAAUUUCUGAGCAGCAGGGGCGAAAAAAGUUUAAUCACCUGCUCGAUGCUCGAAGAAGAAAAGUAUUAGCAGUCAAUGUAUGCGAGUGUACAGUGGAUGGGGGGCAUUUGUUUGUGUGUACUUUUUCGUCUAAUAUCAAAUGCAGUUUUCCUUCUGUCGUUCGAACACCGUUCGAGUUGGGAACGCUGAGUGAAAUAUGAUUGCGGGAAGAAAUUCGAGCGAAAGGUAAAAGUUCUACGAGAAGAAAUGUGCUAAAAGAAGGCAGCGAUCUGCUAGUGAAAGUGACGUUCGGCGUUUUUUUUUUGUUUUUUACUCGUAAGCGCGCCCGACUGUGUUUGCGUGUCCAUGCGAAAGUUCAUUAUGGAAAUUUCCCUGGCAGGUGGCCUCGCGGCGAAAAGUAAGUUCUGAAAUUUUCCAGACCAGCGAACAGCGGCUACGAGAUUGGGUGCUUGCCAUUUUUUUCAGUAAACUAUAGCGCUUCCCCAUCAGCCGGAAGAAGCAGCAGGUGGUGGAAGAAAACAGAGAGAAAAAAAGAAAGAAAAGAAACCGGAAGCAGAAAAUUGAGAAAUUCCAGACCAGUAGCAAGAUGGCGCUGCGGAACCAAAUUUCGGCCCAGGUGUACUGCUUGCUGUUGACCGUUUUGGCUCAUCUGGCAACGAGCGUUAAAGAUGUGCCCCUGGUCGCCAUGGAAGCGCUGCUCGGGGAGACAAUCUAUCUGCCGUGUAACAUCAGUACCCACGAGCCGGGGGACAAUGUGGUCCUGGUACUCUGGUACCGUGAAGAUAAAGGAUCACCAAUCUACAGUGCCGACACCCGGGGCCGCGAUGUGACAUCGGCCAAGCGGUGGUCCGACGAUGCCGUGUUCGGCAACCGGGCGUACUUCCUGUUCGAGAAGCAACCGGGCGAACUGGCGGUCCAGAAUGCCCGCGAAACGGACAGCGGCGUGUACCGGUGUCGGGUGGAUUUUAUCGUAGCGCAAACUAGGAAUAGCAUCGUAAAUUUAACAAUAAUUGUGCCCCCGGAGCGAGUGGUGAUACGUGACCAGCUCGGUGUCGAACGGACAACAGUGGCCGGUCCGUACAGCGUAGGUGACAUCAUCAAACUGCGCUGUGACGUACACGGGGGACGGCCAACCCCGACGGUCAGCUGGUAUCGGGACGGAGUGCCGCUGGUUGCCGAAACCAAGUACAUGCCGCUAGGCAAACAUCUUCGCAGCGAAAUCGUCUUGGGACCACUGACCCGGCAGGACCUCCACUCGAAGUUGGUGUGCAAGGCCAAUAACCACGUGCGGUCCAGCCCGGUAGAGCAGUCCGUCCAGAUCGACAUGAAUUUUGCUCCUUUGAACAUAAGACUGAUUGGUGCGCACCAGCCACUAUCGGCUGGCCAUCGGUACGAUCUGUUGUGCCAAAGUGCGGGCUCCAGACCUGCCGCUUCCAUCACUUGGUUCCUGGACGGAGUCCGGCUUGAUAAGAGCAAAGAGACGACAUCGGCCGACGGGAACCAAACCACCAGCACCCUGUCGAUAAGUCUCAACCGCACCGAUGCGGGCAAGUACCUUUCCUGCAAGGCGUACAACUCCUACGUGCCAUCCGAUGCACUCGAGGACGGCUGGCAGCUAGAUAUACAAUAUGUUCCUGAUGCUUUCGUGCGCUUGGGCAGCUCCUUGGACCCGGAUUCCAUCCGAGAAGGCACCGACGUUUACUUCGACUGCAUCGUGACAGCUCAUCCGGCUGUCUACAAAGUCGAAUGGAAACAUAACAAUAAAACACUACCGCACAACAUCUCACAGGGUGUAAUCGUCAGCAAUCACUCGUUGGUGCUGCAGGGAGUCUCUCGUACGACGGCCGGCAACUAUUCCUGUGUUGGAUUCAACGCGGAAGGCGAAGGCAGCAGUCCGGUCUUUCCGCUGAACGUGAUGUAUGCACCGACCUGUGCCCCCAAUCAGCAGCGUGUGUACGGUGUAGCCAAACAGGAGAACGCCGAGAUCCGGUGCAUCGUGGACGCUAAUCCGCCCGACGUCGAGUUCAAAUGGACGUUCAACAAUUCGGCGGAAAGUAUAGACGUACAGGCGAGCCAUAUUUCAAGGCUAGGAACCUCGUCUGUGGUAUCGUACACACCGAUGACCGAGCUGGACUACGGAACGCUGCUCUGCGUGGCCACCAACCGAAUCGGCAAGCAGCGGCAGCCCUGCGUGUUUCAUAUCAUUGCCGCAGGUCGACCGGACCAGGUGCACAACUGCAGCUUGGCCAAUGUCUCCAUGACGUCGUUGCAGGUUCGGUGCUACGAAGGAUUCAACGGCGGUCUGGCGCAGUCUUUCUUUCUAGAGCUCCGGGACACUCAGUCACAGGAGGUGCGCUUCAACAACACAUCACCGGUGCCCCGGUUUGCGGUGCCGAAUCUUCACCCCAGCGCAAUUUACCAGCUCGCAGUGUACGCGUUCAACUCCAAGGGCAAGUCCGAACCGUAUGUCAUGAGUGCCGCCACACUGAGGCUUCCCGAAAAGCAAAUGAACUCGGAAAAAGCAGAGCGUCCGCGGUCACCACUACUGCUAACACCGACGCUCUCGAUUGGCAUCGGGUUGGGAGCGGCGGUACUGAUUGGUAGCUGUGCCAUUGUGCUGGCCCUAAAAUUUCCCUGCGGAGCCGGCAACCGCCGCAACAAGGAAACGGCCCAGAGUACAACGGUGCGGACUUCAUCGCCCGGGCCAAGCGACAAGAGUGUCGCCAGCAAGGACUACGACGGGAACGACAGUGACGAAAAGAAUCCGGACGUCAUUCCGGAUACGAUUGAUUCCGACGACCAGAUAGAGUACAUUCGACGGCGUCAGCACAUAUCCACGAUCGACACGAGCAGCCCAAGCCGGCUGCUGCUGACCACCACCGCCCAGAGUCAGAGCUUCAUGGGUUCGUCAAUGGCACUGCACGGUAAUCACACGGCCAGCUUGGGCUACUGCACCCUACGGAAUGGUGUCCCCCAGCCGACCAGUUCGGUAACCAGCGUGUCUAUGAGCCACAUGCCGAAUACGUUUGCCACGGCCGGGCACGCUGCCUGUACCCUACCGAGGCAUCCGGUCGGUGCCGGAACGAUCAACCCGGCUGGGGCGCAUCACUGGCCCUCGUACGGCGGUACCAUCGCAGGAGUCCGAAACAUGACGGCCAUCUCGGUAACCAGCAGCCAACCGGCGAUUUCGCCUCCACCAUCUACGAUAGCCAUGCAGCAUCUCGGACCGCAGCCAAGGGCGGCCCGGGUCUGCAUAGGAGGGCUGCCCGAGGAUGACGUGUCAGUCGAUACGCCGCUCAUGAUAAAACGGGAAAGCACCGUAUGACUAUAGGAGUCUCACAGGGUCGGUGAUACGGCCCUGUGAGGCUCUCUUUCUCACCCGUGCGGCUUACCGUAAAGAAGAAAGCAGAGCAGGAAAAAGCAAGCUCGAUAAUUAAUCGUUGUUGAAAUCAGAUAAAAUCAAAUAUAUUAUUUUUAUUAUCAUUAUUAUUGUACCAAAAUCGAUGAAAUUUUGCGAGUGAAGGUGCACUCUUGUUCGAUUUUACACUGCUAUGAGGAGACGCUAUUCCUCUAUAAAAAAAACAACAUCAUUUUACGUUCUCUCGUUCCGUUUCUGGAUCUGUUUUCUAUGAAGAGCAUGAUACCCUACUUAAGAAUAACGAUGUUAUUUACCAUUAUAUCAUUUUGUGAUAUGAACGCUGUGAAAUAAUCAAAUCAACAUGCUCAAUUUUGAGUGUACCAUUUAUGUAGUAGAGAUUCCUUGCAGAAACGACCAACCAUUCGGUAGCUUCGGGCUGAUGGGCCAGUGGAAAAGUCUUAAAAUAAAGAAAGAGAGAAAAGUUAAAAGAAAACGAAUCUGUAUAUAAAAAUCAAGUUUAUGGCUAAUCCCUUUAAAGGAGGCCCAAGCCACCAACAUCCCCGUUAAGAGGAAGCGAAUAAAUUGAAGGCCCUCGUUGCUUGGUUGCGGGUAAAUUUAAUAGAAAAAAAAAAACGCUACACUUUUUCACACUUCGUAGAAGGAAAAAAAAUAAACAAGUUCCGGAUGAUUGGUGGGAAAAGGCGGCGCACCCGGGAAGAGGUAAUUUAGUUUUAGCUAGAGAAUAAAAUUCAUUGGUGCGACCGGUGAACAGUUGACUGGUGGGGCUUUAUUGUGUGCCUGUGUGCGAACGAUGAUACCGGGAGAUGGAAGCUUGUUGACAGAAGGCGGAACGGCGCGCAUCUCUUUCAUUUGCAUUUCGUUUGUUUCAAAGCUGUGAAUUACAUUGUGAGCAGUCAAAUUGAUUUCCGCUGGUGUUUUCAAUAGAGAUGGCACCUCGUUUUUUUCUGGUUAAACCAGUCGAUUUCCAAAAGCUUUUCAAUUGACGGGUACUAUUGGUAAUGGUUCAAUAAAUUUAAAAAAUGAUAAAUGUUUCUGAGAAUGUAGAUACAUUUAUAAUGACAAUUACUUUUAUACGCGUCACCGUACAAAACUGCAAUCUAGCGCCAAAUGAAUUCCAGCAAAAAAUCAUUUGAAUCGAAUUCAAUUAAACAUAUUCUGUCAUUGUCCGUCCAUUCCCCUAUCAUGAGACCAAUCAGUUGGACUUUUGUGUAAGCAUUCUGUGAUCUCUGUUUUUUUCAGUCCCGGUGUACUAGGAGAAAGACAAAGAAACACACUGCAAACAAUACCAUUUCCAACGUUUUAUAGCUGUAAGAAGAAGAGGAAAAAAUCGGGAAACAUCUCCCCCCUCCACCCCCUAAAGAAACACGAUCCGAGCAUCCGGGAAUGAGGAAUGAAAACGGAAAACAUUAACGCACAGCUUGUGGUAUGAAGUUCGAUGGACAAUUUUCACCCAACUGCUGCUGCUGCUGCUGCCAUGAAAAUACACAAUCAGCUCGAACAUCAACCGGAGAAUGGAAAAACUGGAGCGAAUCGGAAUCAAAUGAUCAGCAGAAGAUGUCAGUGCUGUAGUGGAGGUUGCUCCAUUUAUUUAUUUUUAAGUUGUGAACCACAAUGACGGUUGGGUGAAACGAAAGAGCCAACCGCAAAAUGUUUUCAAUAAGUUUUGAUUCCGCAGCCCGGCAGCCAACAAAACUCGUUUGCUGGUCUUCCAACUUUUUCCUGGCUCCCUCAGAUCUUCCGACCUGCAACAUUAGAUGGCUGUGUACAGUUCGAUUACGAUGUAAAAAGAAAAACUGUGGACUUCUUUUGUAACGUCAGAUGGUUGUGAAAAACGACAGAUAGUAAUCUUGAUAGACUCCCGAGACCGAGCUACUGUCAAUUUUAGUGAGGGCAACGCAGAGAGUGGUGAGGUGGGCAACGAAAGACCACUGCAGCAUCUAUCAUCAAUCAACGGCCAAAGGACAGGUUUUUGAUCAAGAUCCUGGCCAUAAUUGGAAGCGGUCUGAAAUAAACAUGUGGGGAUGAUUUGAUGCGGAAAAAAGGGCCAGAUGAAAAAUUAUUUCUUCAUUGAAGAGGGCUGGGGAAAAGGUGAGAGGUUGCGUGGUAUGCUGCGGUUAAGGUUAAGAGGGCCCACUCGAGCAGGAGAUACGUCUUCGAAAGUUUCCCCAAAAAGGAAAAGAGCAAUAACACGCAAAUAAUGCCUUCUAGAGGUAAGCUCCGUCGCAAGUGGGGCUGUUUUAGGCUGCGGUUGGCUCGCACCGUUUGUCAAGAGUAGCCACUCGUACGAUAUGUUUGAAUUGACCGGCCGGACCGAACCGGUGCCGAAAGGGGCGACACUUGAGUGCUGUUUGUGCUUGACGAGUCUGGGAUACCCAUUCAAGGGGAUCGUUUGUUUUGAAACAAAUUUUUGGGUCGACUUAGUACGGGAUUAGUUUGCCCCGGAGUUGUUCAUGCAUUUCACGCCUGUUGAGAACACAUUUCAUCUCUUGUUAAACUUUAACGACCAUUCUUAAAUCUGCCAUUUGUCCUCAAACCAGAUAAAGCCAAACUUCAUUUUUCAAAUAUACGCACAUCGAAAACAACAGUGAUAUCCAAAUCUUGUUGCUCGACUGUUAUAAUGCAAGUACCGAAACCACAAAAGGCAUGAUUUAUUCAUAACGAUAACUGCAUCACUGCAAUUGCAUGCGAAAAUUCACUUCUCAAUGAAAUUAAUGUAAAUUUUCCGAAAAUCAAUUUACUCUUUCAUACCAUGAAAAAGAGUUUUACAGAUAGCUAAAUAUUACAUUAAUAAUACAUGAUUUAUGAGAUUAAACUUAUGAGACAAAAACUGCCAAACGAAAGAAUUCGAAAAUCGGAAUUAAUAAGGAUCGGAAUGUUGAACAUGUUGAAUCAGGUGUGUCCUAAUCGAGAAAAAAAAACUCUCUUCAAUUAUUAAUUUGAUUUAUGCCGGAAUCUUCCGGGUCGUCGGUAUUUUUGUGAAUACUGUUUCACUUCGAUGGACCAGCUUCAGGUAUGAGCCGGAUGAUUGAUGACGAACCGUUCCGGUCGCCGACUGCAAAUUCGCAGAAGGCAUCAAAUUUGACGACGCUUUUUGUCAGUCAAACAAAAAUUAAUGAAGCAUUAGCGUGGAAGAAAUUUAUUCCAUCAAAACAACAACAAUACAUUCGCCACAAGCGCCAUCUAGUCAACUUACGUCGGAACGCAACAACUUAUUUAUUUUUUUUCUCUGUUUCCCUCUCAAACAAAAAAAUCGAACUGAGUAGGAGGCACAGUUCAGUGCAGCCAGCAGCAUUCGUGCUGACAAUAUCUUGUAGUGUAAACAGAAAAUCAAGCCAACAUCAAACAAACGUACUAAUCGAAUCAAAUAUUCAUUCGUCAACUUUAUCAAAGACUGCGGACGGCGCGCGGCUUAGAAUUGCUCAUUACAAAAAAUGACUGAAUAUCGGUGUCAAAUAAACGAACGAACAAACAAACACACAAACACAGGCAAUGCAUGUGACCCCGCUCAAAUAACGCGGGGAGGCACGAACACAAUAAAGCAAAACGAUUCAAUGAGUGUAGCAGGCAUUAUCGUACCAACUUACAUAUAAUACUGUACAUAGAGGUUAAAAAAGAUAACAUAAUUCAAGAUAAAUUAAAUUCGUUUUUUGUUUGUCUCAUAAACAGAGUAUAUUUCCUUGUAAAUAUUGUACAGAAACACCCAAGAGAAUAAUUACCGAUUAACGCAAAAUAUCUAACUAAAAUGAAAAAAAGCACUACUAAGACAAUUUGAGUAAAAGAAUAACAACUAAGUCAAAGUAACAUACAAUGAAAAUUAAGAUUGAAAUCUGUAAAUAAAGAUAGGAAAUUUAUAUGAAA